CGGUACCUGAAAUACAGACUGACACCCUGACUUGUUUAGCAGUUUAAUGUAUGUUGACUAGUUACCCAAGACCAGCUGGACUGUGUGGCCAGUCUGUCUAAGUAAAUAUGCCAAGUAUGUGACCCAGACUAUUUUCGUCCUACUCCGGUACUUUGGCUCGGCAUUGUACAACUACCUGACAAGCGCCUUUUCUAAGCAAAGCACGUGCCAUAAAAGAGCCAGAUGUCUUCGAGGGCGAUGAGAAAGCUCCAUGGAGACCGCAGUUUGGAUGAAUUGCGGAGCCGUCAUCAACUUGUUGAUGAAGAUGUGGGUGAUGGUGAUGAUGACGAAGAUGCGAGGAUGAAUGGAGUAGCUGCCGUUCCCAUCAACCUGUUUGAUUUGUUGCAGGAAGAUGAUCAUGAGGAUGGGAGUGACAGAAAUGAGAGAGGUGCCUCAUCUUCUCCAGGAGACCAGAAGCCACUGAGACAUGAAACAGCCCCAGGGGCCAAGAGAAAGAAGAAGAGAAAAAAAAAGAACAAGCAAAGCGACGUCGAGACCAAAACACAGGACGCGCCUGAAAAUGAAGAUGAAAUUGAUGCUAGUGUCAGGGAGGUAAACGCCAUGCUCGGGACUUUGCCCAAUGGAGGGGCGGGGCAGAUCACCGUCAGUGCCUCUGCUGUAACCAUGGAAACCAAGGCAGUGCUGGCCGUGGAACACAAGAACCUCAAUGCGGAUAACGAAAUGAGGAGGAUCUUUGGUUCAAACGUCGUCCGGCAAGCAGAGCAAAGGAGAAGAGGAAGGCGUAAGACGUAUCAGCGAUCAACUUGGCUCGUGAGCCCCAAAGCGGAAUGGCCCAACAUUGGAAAGACGGGAUUAUCCAUGAAACGACUUGAAAUAAAAGGCGGGUAUCAGUCCUUUACUCUGGAACACUCAAAGGACUACCAGCAAGUCCAGUUCCAAUUUCUAGAUGCAGUGGAAUCACUCAACCCUCAGAACCUAACGAUCUUGCUUCAGAUGCAUCCUUACCACAUAGACACCCUCCUGCAACUCAGCGAAGUCUGCAAAAUGAGCGAGGACAGACAGAUGGCAGCUGAGCUUGUCGAGAGGGCGCUGUACAGCAUCGAGUGUAGCUUCCACACCAUGUUCAGUUUGACACAGGGCACCUGUCGGCUGGACUACCGGAGGGUGGAGAACAGGGCAUUUUUCUUGGCCCUGUUCAGGCAUGCAGUGUUUGUGGGUCAGAGAGGGGCAAAUCGUACCGCCCUGGAACUUUGUAAGCUAAUCUUAAGUCUGGACCCAGACACCGAUCCCUUGGGCAUCUUGCUGACGAUUGACCACUACGCGCUGAGGUCGGAGCAGUACCAGUGUCUGAUCAGAAUGUAUGACGAAUGGGAGGCACACAAGAAUCUCUCCCAGCUACCCAACUUUGCUUUCAGCCUGGCCCUGGCUUACUUCCACAGCAGCCAAGAUGGCGACACCACCAAGGCUGACGCCAUGCUGCAGACCGCUCUACUCAUGUACCCCUCGACGUUGAUGCCUCUCCUGGACAAGUGUAGCAUUCAACCGGAUGCUACGGCCAAGAAACAUUCGUUUUUCUCUGCUCUGAGCCACUGCAACCAGCCAGCAGCCCUCAACCAGCUGAUAGCUCUCUACAUCGGCCGGAACUACGCCAUGUGGAAGGUGCCAGAGGUCAUGAAAUGGCUAGAGGUCAACGUCAGAUUGGUGUUGGAGCGUGUGGACAAGCAGGAUCCAGUAGUCAAGGAAUACCAGACAAAGAGGCAGAUGAGAUAUCGCGGUACUCCACGGAAUGUCCUCCGUCACAUCAUCCUCUCGGAGAUCAAAGAAGCAGUCGUAUCACUUCCCCCAGAGCUGGCCAACAGUCCCGUCUUGUCCUAUGACCCAGUGCCUCCUAAGGAUUCCAUCAUCUCCUAUCACAGACCCCCAACACAACACAGAGCCAGCAGCCUGCGUGCAGACAACAACCCCUUUGCUGAGUUCUUCAGGUCAUUGCGGCCGUCAUAUUUGCCUCCGCCUCCAGGAGCAAUACCUCCCGAACCAGCUGAUUUACCUGCUGCUGAUGAACGUGCUGGUGCAGCAGGGGGCUUCCUAGCCCCUAACACGGACCUACGCCAGAGCUUAGGCUCUUUGAUGGAUGCAAUGAGGGACCUCUUGAACAGCCUGAGACCACCGGACGCUCAGGGGGAGGAGUUUGAGGAGGAGGAGGCUGAAGAGUUUGAUUAGCGGCAAUCGCGGAGGGCACAGAGAUUGGACAGGACAUCUGUGCGGAUGGUUUUUCAAUGCAGUGUCAGAUUUUGGAGACUUGACGGGAGCAUGACCAUGCAAGGAGUGAAGGAUGUCUAAUCAGAAGUGAUUGAUUAAGGUCUGAUAGGAAGAAACUUAUGUCUACAGAGAGUCCCAGAUCACCGCAUCGGACUGCAGUCCCAGUGCCUGCUAUGCAAGAAGUGUAAUGCUAUAUACAGCACUUUCCAAUAUACCAGUGAUUGACAAUUAUUACCCCUUUCCUCAAGAAAGAGCAGCUUGUAUCAACACAGGUAUUGUCUCUGCCCUCACAGGUACCCAGUUAUACGCCUUGGUGGGGAGAGGCAAGUAGGGUAGAGUGACUUGCCCCGGGUCACAGCAUGUAACCAUUGGGUGGAUUCGAACCUCAGACCUCUGAUCAGAAGUCACAGGCCCUGGGCCCUAGACCACACGCUCCUGCGUGGCUUCUGACUAAAGGAGGGGACAGCGAGGGGAAAUUGAUGGAAAGGAGCUCUGAGUUUGUGAUUCGGCACCGCCACCAAGAUUAGCAGAUUUGGCAGGAGGGGGAUGAUUCAGAGAGCAACCUUCCGAUCUUGACGUCAGACUAUAAACGAACACAGCAGGAUGAGGUUCAUGGAUGUAAUGCCCAUGUUUUCUUUCUGUGACAAUCUUAGAAAUGAUAAGAAGUAAUGCCUAAAGUGCUUUCCAUCACGUUAAAAGCUGAAGUGUUAAAUCCAACACUUAUGUUAGUUUGGUCAGUGACAGCACUUUGAAAGUAACAAAUCCAGCAUUUUAAAUGCAAAAUCCAGUAUUUCAUACAUGUUGAAUUUAACGUGUAGCGUUAAUUCAACAAUGUACGCUGUUAUUUCCACAUUUUUCAAACAUUUUCCUUAAAAUAGGUGAAUCCUAUUCAUCUUCAUAUAUUAUGGAUAUUCAAAUUCAUAUAAGUGUUGGAUUCAUUUUGUCACUUCUAAGCAGGACUGAUAACUUCAAAGCACUUUACAAAUAAAUACCCUGUGCAUCAGGUAAGACCAGUGGGCAGCCAGCAUCCAUGCAGGUGUCUUUGCCUUCAGAGGUAUGCAUUUACACCCCUGAGCGGAGAGAGGCAAGGCAAGUUGGGGUAAAGUGACUUGCCCAAGGUCGCCACUCGGUGUCAACUGCUAGAUUCUUCUGACCAGUAAUCAGGAGUCACUAAUCCUAACCACCACAGUGCACUUGGCCACACGCUAAACCCUCGUGUAUAAUAUGAUAUGAGGCCAUGGAGAAGUUUCAUGUAGUUUUAAUAGUAAAGAGCCAAAGCUCACAGAUAUUUGUCCAAAGUUUGCGGAAAGUUUGUUCUUGGCUUGCAAUUCGUUUUUUUUUUCAUGAAGCACACAUUUGUCCCAUUUAAGGUGAAGGGGAAAGUAAUUUAAAUUGUAGUAUUUAUCAUUGAGUGUUUGAAUGAGUUUGAAAUUCGAGAAUUCUUUUUGUUGUGGACUGAUGGCCAGUCAGCAUUUUGCUAGUUACUAAUAGACAAACACUGCAAAUGAACAUGGGUCUGCAGCAGAGCCAAGUAUGGAAAAAAGUGAAGCCUCGAUUUGGUCACCAGUAGCUUUGUUGCUGCUUGUUCCCCCCCUCGCCCCCCCCUAACAUAAUUAAAUAUUCGCAGUGAUCAAGUAUUUCUGUGGACGGGAAUCUCAUCCUUUCCGCAUAUUAAACUGUGGAGAGUCGAUCAUGCUUUAUGGUUGGACUAAUUAUCCGCUUAAAUGGCAGUGUAAUGCAGUGGGGGAAGUAUUGAAGGCCAAGUCGGUAAAAGGGCUCUUUGUAUAACCAGUCAUGUGCGCAAUGCUUGGAGAUUAUGAAACUCCGGGGGGAAAAUUCGCCAAGUUUUUCUUGUGCAGUCAUCUGUAGAGCAGUUGAGGGAGGCGAGACUUGCCUUAGAUUGCUUUGAGUUGGGGGAAUCUGGCUUUCUUGACCUGAUUGAUAAAAAGAAAUCAAAACCGAUACAAGAUGAGUUUAUAGAUCUGCUGAGAGAGGAUUUUGAUUACGGCUAUUUCUUUAACAAAUUUGGCAGAGUACUGGACAAGUGUUUCAUCAAUCACAAGACAGAUCCAAGACUCUGAAAUAAAUGUUAGUUUUGCAAA